CUCGGAAAAACUAGCAUUUCCCCAGCCCACCAUGGCCGACGAAAUUGAUUUCACUACCGGAGAUGCUGGGGCUUCCAGCACUUAUCCUAUGCAGUGCUCGGCCCUGCGCAAAAACGGCUUUGUGGUGCUCAAAGGACGACCAUGCAAAAUAGUGGAGAUGUCAACUUCCAAAACUGGAAAGCACGGUCAUGCCAAGGUACACCUUGUUGGAAUUGAUAUUUUCACAGGCAAAAAAUAUGAAGAUAUUUGCCCUUCUACUCAUAACAUGGAUGUUCCAAAUAUUAAGAGAAAUGAUUAUCAACUGAUAUGCAUUCAGGAUGGUUACCUUUCCCUGCUGACAGAAACUGGUGAAGUUCGUGAGGAUCUUAAACUGCCAGAAGGUGAACUAGGCAAAGAAAUAGAAGGAAAGUACAAUGCAGGUGAAGAUGUGCAGGUGUCUGUCAUGUGUGCAAUGAGUGAAGAAUAUGCUGUAGCCAUAAAGCCCUGCAAAUAAAUGGGGACAUAAGGCAUGAGCAAACCGUUUAGGUCUGGAUCAACUGCAGAUCUAAAGUUUGGUUCUAAGUUGUCACCAAAGCUAUGGCCUUCAUAAGCAACCUCAUUUUUGUUUUUUUUAACUGUUUUGAAAUUGUGCUGGUUCAUUUUGCUGGUAGUUGGUAACUUAACAAAAAAAAAAAUCAAGAUAUAUAAUUCUUUUUUUUUUUAAUUUUGUGUCUUUCCUAUAACAUUCCUGUGGUUUUCAGUAUGAGUCCAAGAAACAUAAAGCUUCAGCAAAUGUGAUUUGUCUGAGCAAAUCAUUCCUUAAUUUUAAUAAAAUGAUAAGUUAAACCAGGGUUUUAAAAGAUAAUGUAGCAUUUGGUGGUAUUGAAAUACCACAUUUAAGUUGAAUUGCUUUGCAUUAAUUUCAAACUAAUGUCAUAGAAUACAUAAAUUAUGGUUUAAAAUUGUCAGUUUUAGCCUGUGUGUGGCAAAUACAUCUUUAAACAAAAAUCAUGUUAUUAAAAAGCGUCAGUUACCUUGGUGGUUGUGUGGAAUGAUAUACAUUACCUCGGUCAUACCAUUCUUUGCCACAUUGUUAGUAGACUUACACCUUACAUGGUGGUUUUAGUACUUGUCAUUGACAGAGGGACAUUGAGCUGUUGGAUGAAAAUGAGCAUGUUAGACUGUAAAGAAGACAAAAAGGACAGUGGCAAAGGAGGUUGGUCAACUCUAGGUUUUGACUUGAGACCUUUGUAAUCAGCAUAAAAAAUAGAAAGUAGCUUUUUAGUUAUAUUUUUGCUUUUAACUUUUUUCCCCUUUAACCCCCUGGCACUGAAAGGACUGACCUGCUUUACAGGACACUGCAGUGCUUUUUUUGCAACCAUGUUGAAUAAGUGUUGGCAUUUAUCAGUAAUUGCUCCUUUUCAACCAUUUUAAAGUAUUUUUUUUGACCUUAAAAUAUUACUUAGACUAAA